AUGUUUAACCCUGAUAUCAAUGACUAUCAACUUACUUCGAUAAUAACAGAGUGCUGUGGAGGCGUAGCCGUUGUUUAUUCAGCGCUUUAUAAACCUAAUAAUCAAAAUGUCGCCAUCAAGAGGUAUUUUGUUGACAAAACGAAGGAAAACGCCAGCUUGAUACAGCAAGACAUCCUCACAAGGAAGGAACUACAACACGCAAACAUACUACCGUACCUAACGUCUUUCGUACAUGGCAAGGAGUUGUACGUAGUGUCUCCGCUCAUGACGUUUGGCUCCUGUCGUGAUAUCCUGGACCACUACUUCCAAGAAGGUCUACCGGAGCUGGCUUGCGCUCUUGUGCUGAGAGAUGUACUCCAAGCUUUACAGUAUUUGCACAAACAAUUAUAUAUUCAUAGGAGCGUUCGUGCCAGUCACGUAUUAGUAGGUGCAAACGGUGGUGUCCGUCUAUCAGGUCUCCGCAGUGCGGCGUCCUUGAUGGUCCGCGGCCGAAGACAGAGACACCUGCACCAACUGCCUCCACCUGAUGCGGACAACACCAACCUCAUGUGGCUUAGUCCUGAACUGCUGGAACAGAAUCUAAAAGGCUACGAUGAGAAAUCGGACAUAUAUUCUCUGGGCGUGCUAUGUUGCGAGCUAGCCAAUGGAGCGGUGCCGUUUGCAGAGGUUCCUACAACUCUGAUGUUCACGGAGAAGGUGCGCGGGAGUCGGCCGCAACUAUUGGACUGCUCUACCUUCCCGGAGCCCUGUCUAGAUGAUUCGGAGAUGAAGAGUAUGUACAACACAGACAGUGGAGUGGGCGACAGUGCGGACGGAGUGAUGCGUCUGCGUCAACUGUACGCGGCCAGGAAACUAUCUGACACCUUCCAUCAUCUCAGCGAGAUGGCGCUGCAGAGGGAGCCCGACAAGCGACCUUCAGCGACUCAGCUCCUGAACCACCCAUUCUUCAAGCAGAUCAGGAAGACAGACUACCUGCCCGGACUCAUCGGACGAGUCAAACCUAUUAAACCUGAUCUCAGUGAUAUGUCAGCUCUCCUCCUCCAAGAGAAGUUAUCAGAGAUGGAGAUAGAGAAGACAACGGAGUGGGACUUCUAG